GUACGCCAGCAGCAAGGGGCCCAUGGGGCAUCCUCCUCCCAGCCCGAUAACUUGCCACGUGUCUCCCAACGUUCAAAACUCUCCAAUGUGUACAUCCCUUUCUCCAUCCCAUGGGCCUGCCAUCUCUUAAUUGCCUCCCCUCUUGCCUCCCAACCACACCGCCCCCCCUUCUCUCUCUGUCUCUCUCUCUCUCACCCUGUCUCUAAUACAUCGCUGACGCCUUCCAUCCCCCUCCCUAUCUUUCCCCCGGGUUAUCAGAGUAUCCCGAUAAUCUUAGAAUGUCUGUGAGCUACAAAUAUUGGGAUGAUUGUGUGGAGCCGGAGGAUAUGAAAUCAUUGUGGAUGGAUGCUGAGGUGAGAAAAGAAUGGGAUGAUGUUGGAGAAAUGAUGGGACAGAAAGUUCACCUCUCACGAGAUCCAGAUGGUGAACCUUAUAUCACGCAAGUGGAAAUGAAGGAUGUGAUUUGUGCUAUUGCUGAAAUUUCAAGUGGCAGACAAAUUGUUGCACAGCAGUAUGAUCAGAAGAAUAGGGAGAUGAGGAUUGGGAUCAUGCAGAUAGCACCAGAAAUUGCAGAAUGGCUAGUAAGGGAAAUGGGCUACAGGAAUUAUAAUAUAGAGGGAAACCCAACUCUGCUCUUCAGGCCUUUUGUAAAUGUAUACUUCGGUGCAGCUUAUAUAAAGUGGCUGUCCUGUUGUGAUGGGAAGGAAAGAAGUGAAGAAUUUGUUGUUAGAGCUUACCAAGGGGGCAUAAAGAAGGCAACUCACAAGUCUACAAGGGACUACUUCCAACGUUAUCUAUCUGUCAAACAGAGUUUGACACCCAUAAGAGAACAAGGAACGUAUGAUAACAAUUCCUUUUCUCUGCAGGGUUUGAGUACUCGUACAAAGGCAGGUGAAGAAUGGAAUUAUUGGGACUCAAGAGUAUCUCCUCCGGACAUGGAAGAAUUGUGGAAUAAUCCCGAUGUUCUAAAGGAGUGGACAAAAUCCGGUGAGAGGCGUGGAAGAGUACGUUUUUCACAUAACAAGGAAAAUAAACCGUAUCUUUCUCGAGUUGAGGUGAAGGCAGUAGCACAAAUCAUCAUUUCACGAUACUUCAGUUCAAGAGGAGUACAAUCUACAGCUUUAGCUGCCCUUGCUGAGGUAGUUAGCAUGCGUUUUGUGAAUGGUGUACGUGCACGCACAGGGUUAAUGGGAAUUGACUAUCCUACUGCUGCUUGGCUAUACAAGGAUCUUGGCUGUAGGGCGUAUGAAGUCAAGUCUGUGGAUGAUCUAUACAAUCCAUUUGUGUCUAUGUACUUUGGUGCAGCUUACCUGUCCUGGUUGUCAGAAUAUGAAGGGAGGCAAAGAAGUCACGAAUUUAUUAUUCAAGCUUAUCUGGGAGGUCCGGAGAAUGUUAAUCUUCAGGAAACGGGCCCAUUUUGGAACAAGUUUCUGGAGGCCUUAAGCUACUAUGAAGAUUCAAAAAGGGAUUCAGGGAGUUGCUCCAUUUUAUGAGACAUCUGGUUUUUGUUUUACUGUAAAUUGGGCAGAGAGUGUGUGACUUAGUUAUGCUUACCAGCUAAUGCAGUUCUUAUUAUCCCUUGUUGCUGAUAUAAUUGACCGGGUAGAGUCUUUAUUUUCCUUUUCUGCCUCUCAUAUGUUGUAAAGUGUUGUAUAACAUAAUCAAUGUGAUAUUUUUCUCAAGACAUACAUUGAAGGGUAGAGAAAAUAUAAUGCAUAUGAAUCUUCUGUG